AUGAGAACACAAGCGUUUUUAUGUGUAGUCCUCUUUAUAGGAGGGUAUAUAGCUGCACCUCUCUCAGAAGAAAAGGAUGACAAAAUUGUGAUCUUGUUAUCAAGACACAUAUUAUUCAAUAAAAAUUACCUUAAAUAUAAAGCGAAACAUGAUAUCGUUGAUAUUAUGGUACCGUUGACUGCUCUUACCUUGGAGUCUAUGAAAGAUAUUGAUUUUGAUAGCAAGCCGGAUAUGACGGUUUUCUUAGUAGAAGCUGAUCUUAAGGAUGGCAAACGUAUUGACAAAGGACUGUACUUAUAUAAGAAUGGUGAGGAGAAAAUGGUUCUGCCUAAUGGAAGAGCAGCGGCGGCUUCAUUUAAUGAUGAAAAAAUAGUCUAUUUCGGAGCCAGCGAUGGUUUAUAUGUUUAUAAUGUGGACUCCAAGUCCGCUGAUAAAUAUGGAAAUUUUUCCGAUAGCAUUAUCGAUAUCGCUACAAACGUAGAUGGAAAACACAUUUACAUUCUGAGUGAAGAUCACAAAUUAUAUAAUGUGACAAAUGAAGGCGCAGACAAAGAGUUGCUCCAAGAUGUAGAAGAUGCCCAGGAAAUUGUUUUGGAUUAUUUUGAAAAUAUUUACUUCUAUGACUCCAAUAAGGAUGUAUUCAUUAAAAAUGCUGAUGGGAUUAUCAAAGUUCUGGGUCUACCGAAAGGCAGGAAAUCCCUUAAGUUUUUGGGCCAAGAUUUCCGUAAAGUGCGAUAUGUUAUUUUGAUGACAGACAACGUUCUUUACGUUACCUUUGCUAAUGGACUUGCUUUUGCAAGUCCUGUGGAAUUGAGCCCUGAUGCGAAACCAACUGCUUAUGGCCUUUGGUCCAAAAUAGUGCAUUACUACGCAUACAACAAAAAUCUGUAUGUAAAAUAUCUGUGA